CUGCAGUGAUGGGCGGGGCCUCGGUUUCCUGGCCCGCCCCCCGGAUGGCUGGAAUAAGAGAGAGAGUGCAAGGAUUGGGGUAAACAGAUGAGAGAAGGAGCAGAGAGAGGCCGGUGCCGCGGGCUACAUAUAGAGACACACAGGGCAAGCCGCUCACUGUAGGAAGCAGGGGGGUAGCAUCAUAGCCACAGCCAGCAGCACUGGGAGCUGGAAUCUCACAUCAGCUGGUCCAUUCAAACAGAGCUCCAUCCACAGCCUGACAGAGCUCCAUACACAGCCUGGGAGAACAGAGCUCCAUCCACAGCCUGGGAGAACAGAGCUCCAUCCACAGCCUGGGAGAACAGAGCUCCAUCCACAGGCUGGGAGAACAGAGCUCCAUCCACAGCCUGACAUUGACUGCAUCACUGGGCAAGAGGUGAGUCCUGCUCAGACCCUGCAUUUACAGAGAAUCCAUCUGGAAUCAUGUGAAUAUUGAGACCAUCCUGCUGUUUAUAGUAUAGAGAAAGAGACCAUCCUGCUCUAUAGAGAGAGAGAGAGAGACCAUCCUGCUGUUUAUAAGAGAGCGAGAGAGAGAGAGAGUGUGUGUGUGUGUGUGUAAAAAAUAAAUAUGUAUAGGCCAUCCUGCUGGGCAGUUAUUUAUACAUAAAGACCAUCAAGUCUUUUUUAUUAUAUAUUUUUUUUAUUAUUAUUUAUAUAGUGCCAGUAAAUUCCGUAGCGCUGUUUAAUGGUUAGAGAGAGACCAUCCAGCUGUUUAUAGAGAGACUCUCAGGUUUGGAUUGUUUAUAUUGAGAGAGCCCUUAUAUAUAGAGCACCCAGCUUGCACUAGGUUUUGCAGAGAGAGUCCUAGUAUCCAGCUGUGACCAUGCAAUUCCACUGACCUCCUAAAAUACAGAAUGUGUCUUACUGGGAGCCAUCAUUAUUAUGCUGAUAUACUGCCUAUUGUAUUUAGAAUGUUGAUUCUUCUGUGAAUACGUUGUGUCUGCUGUGCUGGGUCAAGAUGCUCAUCAUGUAAAUGACAUUGGAACAUUGCUCUGCAGUCCUACAGAGGGCAUUGUCAUAUGGUGCAGGAUAUGUACAUAACCCAAUAUUAAUAUAUUAAUGGGAUGGUACAAAAUACUUUAUUUAAAAAAUAAAUACAUGUGGGUUUUUUUUUUUAUGCUGAUUUCAUUCAGCAUGUGUUAGUCAUCUCCCUGCUCUCUUGAUUGUUUGACUUGGCACUUAAACUGCUCCAGUAGGCAAGAAAAUACUGUUUCCAUGCAGUCUGCUAAAGCAAAAAUCCAUUUUGUGUGUGUGUGAUAUUUCUUAUUUGUUUUGUAUUCUGAUUUAAUGGUUGUCCACAGCAGCACUGUAGUUGGUGACUGGUUAAUACCUGUUGUGAACCCUGUGAUCCACUCUGCAGUUGCAUAUAUUCUUUACAAUAUUAGUUAUGGGGACUUCACAUUGUGUUUUCCCAGAAUGUUACACAGAGGGCGGGGUGUAUAUUUCUUAUCCUUUAACAAACAUGUUAUUGCUUAUUUUGAACAGGAAAGACUUCCUUUCUCCGUGCUAAGAUGAAGUUCGCCCGGUUUCUGCUUAAAAAUGCUGCCUUGGCCAAUGCACCCAAGCAGAUCGAGAGAUUCAGCAGGUUUUCUCCUUCACCUCUAUCUAUGAAGCAGUUUAUUGACUUUGGUAAGAUGUUUGUCUUCAGGUACAGUUAAUACUGAUGUUUUUAUUUCUGUAAACCUGUAUCAGGAUCACCUAACAUCAGAGUUGUUUUUCAGUGUGGAGUUGGUCAUGUUGGCAUUGCAUGACAUUUUACAAUCCUUUAUUGGCAUUUGCAGUCAUAUGCAGAGCUCAUGUAAAAAUGGCAGCCAAUCCAAAUCUGUAGUUUUACCUUGAUGUUUAUUAAAUGAGAUCUAGCAUCCAAGUGAAUAUUGACAAAAUUCUUUAAAUUUAAGACAUUUUCCAUUCAUAUCCAACAUUUGUUACGGGCUCUAUUUUAGUUGGUUCACAAUGCCUAACUGAACACCCAUCUAGACUCAUUUAUUUAGUAAGUGUUUUGUAUGUUUACAUUUUGUUACCCAUAAGUAGCUACCUAAGCCGACCCUUGGCACAUCAACAUUAUAUUAAAACAAAAGAAAAACUCUUUGAGCUAGAAAAAUAAUUAUUUUAUACUGUAUUUUAGUAUGUUUCAUGUUCAAUUGAUUUCUUGCCAUGUCAGAUUUUUCUUACUGUCUCUUUAAAAGUGUUUUUUUUUUUUUUUUGCUGUGCCAGUAAUUCUGUCAAUAUUCCACUAUUUCCAACUUUAUUACUGUCGAAUAAUAUCGAAUGAGGCCAAAUGGAAAUGUUACCACUUAGUUCCUAUGUGGAACAGGAAAUUAUACAUGGGUUAAAAAUACUGGCAAAUGGUUUGGAAAGUCAGCCACUUUAAAUGCUUGCAACAUAAUGAAUGAGUUCUCAGAUAUGAAGCCACAUGAUUGCCAUAAGAUGGCCAAAGUGCACCCUAUUGCCACUGGUAUAUUGCUGUAAGAAUGUGUACUCUGCAAAUCCUCAGGGGAUUGUUUACCAAGUAGUUAACUUAAAAGGCCAAAAGGGUAUAUGUUAAAUAACUUGCUUUCAGAACAAAGUAGCUGAACUGGCAGUGUGACUUGGACUAAAAUGUGAAAUUCUUGUUGAAAUCUUGACAAGUCUCAAUUUACUUUAUAUUCUCCUAUGUAUUUUAUAGGUUAAAGUGCUUCUGUAUGAGGCCAGUUAGGUAAAUAUUGGGUUUAUAGGGAGUGUAUCUGCAAUGGUAAAUUUAUGACAUUCAACCUUGUGCACUUUGACCCCAGACUCAUUCUUAGAAAUUGUUUUUACAUUUGUAUAUUGUGCUCUAAUGUUUGAAUAUUUCUAAACCUCUGUAAUAUUUUUGCAAGUUUUCUAGGGAACAAAUUUUUCUGCAAAACAGAUGUGGCUCUAGCAGCUGUUGCAAUUCCUAACUUUGUCCUCUGCCAAGCCUUACAGGAAAAGACCAGUAUUUUUAGCUACGGAAGACUUUUGUGUGGUUUUUUUUCAUUCGUUUAUUUUUAUUUUUUGGGUAUUAUUGUAUAAAAAUUUUUUUUUAUUUUAUUUUUUUUUUUAAUACAAGAAUACAAAGUGAAUUAACCCCUUAAGGACACAAUUACAGAAAUAAAAGGGAAUCCUGACUGAAUAUUUCCAUCAUGUCCUUACGGGGUUUAAAACUCUAGUCCUAAAUAGUGGAAUGAGGAGUAUUCUCCUGGGCUGCUAUAUUUUCAGUACAGCUCUUUUAGACUAAUACUUGAAAUUUACUCAGAUUUUUUUUUUUUUCCUAACCAUUGACACUUUAGUGAGUAACCUUGUUAAAAGUCCCUUUAAGGUGAGGUUUCAACUCCCUUUAAUAGUAUUCGUUCGUUUACGUUGCAGUCAUUUUCAUAACGUCACCAGUGUUCUCCUGGUUUGACCUCUGGUAUGUGAAAGGGCAGCUGCCAAAAAAUGCGUUUGGAUUGGCACCAGGCAAGCCAGAACUUUAUUUAUAUUGCAGUAAUGAUGGGCAUUAACCCCUCAACUCUGUAGAAAUAUUUUUAAAUUCAUCAGGUGAUGCUUCAGUUAACUAAUUAUGAGCAAUUUCUUGCCCCGGAUGCAUAUUUGCCUUCCCUGACCAUUAGGGCUCCGACUGACUUUUUAAAAUAUCUGAGUAAAGCCUCACAGAGGGCUCCUGAUAUAGAGCAUAUAGACAUGAAAUGCAUACUACCAUUUUUGAACACAUUGAUUUCUUACCUGGCUCUACUAUGCGCAUUACGCUGCCGCCACUGCAAACGUCAGACCCAAAGGUUCCUUAGCAGAAACCUCUGAUAGCUCAAAACACUUGACUUAUUGGCGGAGAGCAAUCAAGCUGUUGUGGUUAUGGUGGCUGUAGUGUUCAUUUUUAUUAACUCUUUGAAUUUUAAUGUUGGUGAACUUGCUCAAAUGAUCAGAACAUUAGAAGAAAGGUGCCAUCUGAUACAAAGUGCAUUAUGUAAUGAACUUUAAAUGAUGUUUCCUACCAGUAAACAUGUCCAGGAAUCUGAGUUUACGCAACUAUUCAUGGUUCAAUAGUGCAGAGACUGACCUGUAAUGUUAACUUAUUUCACAGUUCAGGGACCCAGUGAGUGAGAUAUGUUUUUCGUGAAUACAUGAACCUGUAAGUCAAAGGUCCCCCACCCACCAAUACAGUCUUUCCCUAUUGGUUUUCAGUGGAUACGCCCCAUACACAAAUUCGAUAACUGCAGCAUGAUAAUAUCAGUCAGGGAAAAAAAAAAAGUUGUUGGUACUGUUUACUAUGCAACAAUAACAAAGAUUUUGGACCAGCUUGUAACUAUAUAGUUUAAACGCAUUGCAAGCAUUAUUAUACAUUACUCAUCGAUCACUGAUUGGGAGGAUCACCUUAUGAAGAAAUCAAAAAUCUUCCGUUUAUACUAGUGCCAACAUCCACAGAUUAAGCCCAUUCUAAUGACAUGUUCUAUGUUGCUUGAGGGUGCAGUUGCAUCUGUAUUAGACUGAGUAAGUUUGGGAGUAUAACUCUUAUCGGGCUCAUUUACUAAAGUUUGCACUUUUUUUUUUUUUUUUUUGCCAAUUUGGUUUUUAGUGAAUAAAAUUCUUUUGUAACCCUUUAGUAUUAAUAACCUUGAAUGGACCAGUUGCAUUUUUUUCUUCCUGAUAUUACAAGCUGGUUCCUAAAGUUCUAAUGCCAGCAUGUUAUGUCUGGCUAGCUUUAAUAUUUUUAUGGAACAUUCCAUUUUGGAAUACAGUCCUUAAAGACCAAUUGCAAAGCUUGUGAUUGGUCACUAAAGAGCUAAAAAAAACAACAACUUUUAGUUGUUAUAUGACUUCCCUUAAUUUGCAGCAAACCUUACUAAAGGUACAAGUUUGAAGAUAAGGCCACUCUAACAGGCAACAAUAAAAGUAUACUUUUAGUGUUGGAGAAAAUCCAGUGAUGUGUCUGCUUUUCUUCCAAGCAGGCAUCUAAAAUAUAUUUGGACUUGUUGCUCCAUAACACAUUCUACCUAUAACUGUCAAUUCCUAUUUUAUUUUCUGCAAACCAUUCUACUUUUUUGCCUUUCUACAAGAAUGCUUUGCUAAUGUAACACACCCCGCAUAAUCAAUUAUUCUCUUUGGUCAAAGAGUAUACCUUGAUUCAACAUGACUGCAAACAUUUUUUGGGGGAUUUUCUUUGUGUCUCAGGGUAAUGAACUUUUAAAACACAAUUAAUCAGGUGCAGAAGUUUUGGCGGACUUCCUGUAGCUCUCAUAACAACAUUCAGCAAAUUCGGGUCUACCUGAUUGUGACUGGGGUUAUGUUCUGGCAGCCAAAGAUGACCCAGGAGUGCUCAGCAGUCUUGGCAAAACCCCCAGCACUCUACUUUUAUUUAGUUAAAUCUAUUUAAAAAAAAAGUGUUUUAACUUCUUUAUUUUUUUUUUUUUUUACUUUUAUAUAGGCUCUGCUAAUGGAUGUGAAAAAACAUCAUUUGCGUUUCUGCGCCAAGAACUACCUGUGAGACUGGCAAAUAUAAUGAGAGAAAUCUACAUCCUUCCAGACCCAUUGCUGCACACCCCCUCAGUACAACUUGUGCAAAGCUGGUAACUAUCAGAAGUAAUCCACCUUAAAGGGACACUAUAGUCCUCACAAAACUUUAGUUUAAUGAAGCAGAUUUUGUGUCAAGAUCAUGUCUCUAAGGUUUUACUGCUCAAUUCUCUGCCUUUUAGGAGUUUCAAUUUUGUUGCUGUUUAUGCAACCCUAGCCACACCUCCCGUGGCUGUGACUGACAGUCUGCAUUAAAACAUGUUUUUCAAUCUGGUGCUAACUUUCUUUAGAAAUUUUUAUCUCAUGCUCUUUAAAUUGACCUUUUAAUCACAGACAGGAGGCUCCUGCAAGGUCUUGCAAGCUAUUAACUGUGCAGGUUAUAAAUCCUACAUUUCACAGACUGUGCAAACAUUAGAUGACUCUUUCUUUAAGAAGGUGUUUAGGAAGGCUGUGCAAGUAUCAUGCAGGGAGGUGUAACUAUGGUUAGUAAUUAUGGUAAGUAAUUUAACUCCUGAAUAGCAGAGAGUUGAGCAGUGAGACUGCAAGGGCAUAAUCUAUACACCAAAACUGCUUCAUUAAGCUAAAGUUGUUUUGGUGAUUAUGGUGUCCGUUUAACCAAAUAACUUAAAGUGCUAAACUCAGGCAAAAGUUGUGCUUGACAUGAAAGGAUUUACAGUAACUGCAUUAAUGAAAUGUUGCUAAUGCAAACUGGUUACAAAACUAAUAACGUAUUGGGGGUGACUGUCUGCAUAAAUACCUACUGUAAUUUUUUUGAAGUCUAUAUUGAAUGGUAAAUCAUGCCUCUUUUGUACAAGAGUAAGUUAUAAUGACUGCUAAUGAAUUCAGACUCUUGGUUAAUUCUUAUCCUAAUUUUGGGGUUGGAGAGAAGGGCAAUAACAGGGAAAAUUGCAACAAACCAGUAUCUGUCCUCAAUGUUCCAUAUAACCAUAUUCCAACCAUAUACAUGUAUAUCCAUAUAAUUCAUAUCUUUACACUGCAGCUACAAUAUCAAUCUAGGGCUUUGUGACAAGAAAAUAGUUAAAUGUCCAAAUUAAGGGAUAUUGGGUGUUCAUCCUGAACAAUGAAUUUAGCAGUAGUAUACAUGAUUUUUAGCGGCUCUCACAAUGUAAAGCAUGCUGAUACAAAGUAUAUUUAUAUUCCCCGUUACUCUUACAUGUUUUCUAUUUAAGCUCCCGAUAUACAGAACAUUUAUUUGGAUACCUGGGUUGCACUCUGUAGCAAACGUGCAGUGCUUGUCCAUGGAACUGAAUGCUCAUUCAUGCACCAACGUACAGCACUGUUAAUCAUUUUAAAGCCAUUGAUCAGUGUACUUCCUAUGUGUAAGCCAGGUGUGCCCAAAAUGUAGAUCCCCAGAUGUUCUAAAACUACAGCUUCUAUGAUGCUUUGUCAUUCUAAAGGCACGCAAAGCAUCCUGGGGGUUAGUUCUAAAACCUCUGGUUAUGUACCUUUUGGGGCACCUUUAGUCUAAGCAGUUGUCAUUGAUAUCUGUAGAAGGUAUGCUGAAUGCUUGACGUUCUAGAAGUUGUCAUUUCAGAAUGUUCUUUGGUUUUUUUCGAUUUUUCCAUCUGUUAACCAAGCUUUGUAUUUGUUUAUUACCCCCCCCCCCUCCUCUUUAGGUACAUACAGAGUUUGAUGGAACUAAUAGAAUUUGUUGAAAAAAAUCCCGAGGACCAACGAGUUUUGUCUGAGUAAGCACUACUUCGUUUUGUUAACUAUAUUUUUAUUUUAUUUUUUAAAUUAAUUUAAAAUGUAUGUUAUUAAAUGUUGAAUUUUUAAUAUUUAAAAAAAGUAAAGGUUUACUGCAGCAGCUUGAUGCUGAAAUGUAAACACACAGAGUGAUUUCACUGUUUUCUUAUUUUCAAUUGAGUCUAAUUCACCCGCAUGACUUCCACCAAUUCCGCUUGCACACAAUGCUUGCUUAUCCAACAUGUUUGGCAAUCCUGUCUUAAUUGAGCCAGUUUGUUUGGGGAGUGGUUUGCAGGCAUUUCCUCAGUCACACAAGGUAGAAUGAGCCAUUUGUAAUCGAAGUCAUAACAGGAGAUUUUACAUAAUUUUCCCGGUGCUUUCCUCUUUGCCAGGAAACUUAUGUAAUGGAGAUGGCAAGCGUAUUAUGUCCAAGCUUAAGUGUAAUAAUAUGGCUGUUGGCAACUAUAUAGGGACUUGUAUACCAAGUAAUGACUUGCAAGACAAAUAUUAAAUUGGGGAAAACCUCCAACUAAAUAGAUUGACGUUUCCUAUUUUGGCCUUUAAUUUUGAUUAAACUAUUUCUAUAACUGUUGCCAUACAACUCUGAUACAUAGCCAAUCACCAUAUUUUUGCAUGGAUUUAUGAGUGUAAUACAGAAUUUUCUGUAAUCUAUUUGUUCAUUGUUUUCCUCCCCAGUUUCACAGAAACACUUGUGACCAUUCGAAAUAGACAUAAUAAUGUGGUCCCUACAAUGGCACAGGGUGUGAUAGAAUACAAGGAGGCGUUUGGGGUGGAUCCUGUCACCAAUCAAAAUGUCCAGUACUUCCUCGAUCGCUUCUACAUGAGCCGUAUUUCCAUCAGGAUGCUUAUUAACCAGCACAGUAAGAAUUGGAUUAUUUUAUUUGGCAGAUCAUUAAACCCUUCAUGGAAUGGAAAAUGUUCUACUAUUUGUAGACAAACCACUGGCAUGUUCAUCUUGCCUGAUCAAUAGUUUGCUUUAAUUGUAGAAGGUUUUGAUGCAUCGAAUGGCCUAGAAACAGUUGAAAGUGAACUUCCUUGUGAAGAUUUUAUAACCGCUUUAAAUUGACUCUCAUUAGUUUAAAAAAAGUAUUAACAACAAGCUUGAACUAUUCUGAAUUUUAGCAUUAAUUUAAACUUUUCACAGUUCAGUGUGGAAUUGCAUAUACAGUUGUAAAGGGGGGGGUUUGUACAAACCUUAAAUAUUGUGAAAUAGCAAAGUGGUUGCUGCCCCUGUGGUAAUCUAUUGUAAACCUUUGGGGUACUGUCCUAUUUAUUUUUCUUAGCUUACUAUUUACAUCUUGUACUUUGUGGAAGUGUUUGCCCUAGAAUUGGCAAGCAAUAUGGCUUGCUUUUCCCACAGAAAUCACAAAUCUACAGUGAUGUUUCUAACAUCACUGCAGAUUUGUGAUAUCUGUGGAAAACGCAAGCCUUAUGGGUUGACUGGUGUGCAGAUUUUUGUUUAACAUUGUAUUAACUAUCCCCAGACUAAAGCUGUAAGGGGUUUUCACCAUUUCCCCCCCCCCCCCACCAUAACUUGUUUUUUUUUAUUUUUUUUUAUUAUUAAUUAAAAUGUAUUUGUUAUUAAAUGUUGAAUUUUUAAUGAUAUAGUUCACCUUCAUUCUAGCACUUCUAUUUGAUGGUGGAACAAAUCCAGCUCAUCCUAAACACAUUGGAAGCAUUGAUCCAAACUGUGAUGUGGUUGAAGUUGUACAUGGUAAGUGUCUGAUUUUGGUGGGUGUGUGUGUGCGCGCCCUCUUGGGAGCUUCUAGUUGCGAGUUUCUGGUAUAAAUGUCACUAGAUAAAGAUCUACAGAUAAUGGAAAUCAGAGAGAUCACAACUUGUCUUUUCUGUGCUAGUCACUCUUUGUCUUUGUCCCUUUGGGAUGCUGUCUGCCUUUUGCUUAAAUUUAGAAGGUGGUGCUAUUUUUAUUUUGUUACUGUACUGAGUAGGCGAACAUUGGCAUUUGUCUGACCUUUUGCAUUAACGUCUGUCAGUAAUUGAGUCUUCUGUUCUGCAUAUCUGAAGUGUUAUACAUUUAAAACCUUCACUGGGUGAGUGGGUGCCAAAACAGCAUACACAUACAGUACUGCCUGGUUAAUUCAGCUUGGUUUAUUCCCUAAAUGGUGAAAUAGAACUUGGUAACUUUUAUUUAGUUUUUUUUCAUUAUAACUGUUCACAUUUCAGAUGCGUUUGAAAACUCGAAGAUGCUUUGUGAUCAGUAUUAUUUAGCAUGUCCUGAACUAGAAAUAAAGCAGACAAAUGGUAAGUCAAAUGAUCUACCUGCCUAAUUUGUAGAUACAAAUAUUUAAUAAAAGUAAAAUCUUCCUCCACCCUUCUCCCACUCUUCCUUUGUAUGCUGUGAAUUCAGUUCAUAAACUUACAUAACUUUUUUUUCUCUUUAAUUACAGUAAAGGCACCUGGACAGCCCAUAAAUAUAGUCUACGUUCCUUCCCACUUGUACCAUAUGCUGUUUGAACUCUUUAAGGUAUGUCGAUUACCUAUAUGAAAUAUAAUUUACAUUAGUUAUUGUAACACUACUAAUAAAUCUUAUUUUCUUCUAUAAUGAUCCAACCAAACAUUUUGGUGUACCAAUGUUUCGCCAAAAAAAAAAUGUGUUUUUUUUUUUUUUUUAACAUUUGUAUUUUUUUGUGUGGUUUUUAUAUUGGAAAUUUACAUAGUUACAUACAUAGCUGAAAAGAGACUUGCGUAACUGCUUUCAUGUAACAUCAUGCUAAUUAGCGUGAUUGGUACACUUUAAAUAAGAACUACCGCUGAGUUUUGUUGUCUUGUUAUCAAGUCUGUUGUGGCUGCACCAAUGUCACAAGCUGAAGUGAUCUCUAAAACAUCUAAAGCAGUUACAUAUCCAGUAUCAUCCCAUUGGUAGCAUAAAAGCAAAAUUUAGAAUUAAAUGUUUAAAUUGUUAAUUUUGGCUUUCUGAUAAAAGGCAUGCUGGAACAAACUGAACUUUCUUUUACUUUUUUUAAUCUUUAUAUUUGUUGAAAGCCAACUGAAUAUUGUAGUAAUUGGAUUUUGUAAUAUAUAAUUUAUUUUGGUGAUGUUUAUAAAUAUUCUUGUGUUGGGGAAAAAAAAUUUAUAAACCCCACCCCAUAAUUCUGUACUCUUAAACUGGUGCUAAUAUUUGCUGCUUGUUCUUUGUAGAAUGCCAUGCGGGCAACAGUUGAGUACCACGAGGAUAGCCCUUCCCUGCCACCAGUUAAAGUGAAUGUUGUUCUAGGAAAAGAAGACCUAACAAUUAAGGUAACGGUCUGGAAGAUUUAAACCCUUGUGCUCUCCAAACACAUCUGCUCGCCUCCGUCUCUGUGUUUGUGGAAACUUAACUUGUGCUUAUCAAGGCAGUUAAACAGAACUAUCAGAGUAUCGGCAGACAACUGUAAUUUGCAGGGCGAAGUGCAAGUUUAAAAAUAAAAGCAUGGCUUCUCAGCAGCCUGCCAAUCUGCUUUCAUCUUACUUUGUGUGCCAAAUCAUUUUAAGUAAGAGACUUGCAAUGCACAUGCAGUGCUUCACAUUAGUGAGAUUGGUUUUAUAUAUAAAUACAUCUUAACAAGAUGGCACUCAUCAUUAACUUUAUGGGUGCAUUGCUCACAGUUCUAGUAAAUGUUUUUCAAGGAAUUUGAUAGAGACAUUUUUGCGGAGUAAAAGUUUACAAUUACUAAAGAACAGAUGAUUAGGCAAAACAAUGAAAAUGGGGCAUUAAACACAGAAUUAUAGCGAAGAUGAAUCCAUAUGAUUUUCUGGGAGUGGAAUUCUCAAACAAUGAAAAUAUUGGUGAUCUUUCUUCCGUUAUUAUAAUGCAUUGGAUACCAAAACCAUUCCAUAUAACUAACUUUAUACAAACAGCCAUUACAGUCUGGAGCAAUUGGGGUGCGUGUGAAUGACAAGUAAAAUUCAAUGCAUUUAGGAGGCUACUUUAUAAAUGAUUAUAGAUUUGUAUGAUGGCUAUAGAAUUAAAGCGAGGCUGUCACUUCUGGAAUUUGCAUUACUGACUAGAACAAUACAAUACAAUACAAAUCAUUAGAACUUUUUUUAUUUUUUUUAUUUUUUUAUUUAAGAUUUAGCAAAUGACAUAGGUGAACGUUCAGGCUCCAUUCAGACUAUGAAUGAAGGGUUGUCCCCGCAUCAAGAUCUGUAGUUAACUGUGCAGAGUUAGAUCGUUAAUCCUAAAAUGUAAAGUCUUUAUUUGUUCCUUUAUUUCCUAGAUUUAUUCAUCAUUGUGUUUUUUGUUUUGUUUAACUUGUUUUCUGGACUAGAGUUGAAGACAACUUGCACUUUUGCUAUUUGGCAAUGCUGCAUGUAGAUACCGUAACAAAACAUUAUAACUCCUACUUUUUUUUGUUUUGUAGUUAUCUGAUAAUGGAGGGGGUGUCCCUUUACGGAAAAUAGAACGCCUCUUUAGCUACAUGUAUUCCACUGCACCCAGACCAAUGAUGGACAAUUCUCGUAAUGCUCCACUGGUAAGAAUGUGAUGUCUGUUGUGUGUUUUUGUCUUCUCCCCCAUAUUAUGAGCCUGUUUAGUAUUUAAAAAAAACAAACAAAAAAAAACACAGAUUUUCCAAACUCCUCCAUACCAAUCUACAGGACCUGAAUCACAAAUUAUUAUUCACUUGCUAUUUGCAAUUGAAUGCUAAAUUUGAAGAACCAUUUGCCCACGGACAGCGCUAGCAGCCAGCAAACAAAUAGUUUAAAAAUCCUUGGCUAGUGUGCCCUUCCCUGCCACACCUAUGACAUGGGUUAGGGGGCCUAAUAAAUAGAAUACAUAAGCCAGUACAUAGUAAACCAUUGCGCCUCCAAGCAUUUUUAACACUUCCCCCUACCCCUCUAGCCUCUCAGAGGGCAAAUAGUUCUUCAAACCAUCGUUCACUUGCAAAUAGCAAGUGAACAUUUGCGAUACCAGCACUGUAGAUUGGUUUGAGGAAAUCCCUGUUUUUCAAAACUAAUGUUACAGAAUUAGGUCAACCGACUGACAUUUGGCUUUAGUAAAUAGAAUUGCCAAUGUGGUUGGAAUUCGGACACAUGGGAAUGACUGACGUUACUGGCUCUGUUCAGGGAGUGUAGCAGGAGCCUAACUGUCGGAUUCUACUGCAGUCUGACCGGAAAUGUAUGAAUAUGGCAGAGGGGUUUAGUAUUCUGUGAAAGUAGGGGCCAGACUUUCAGAUAUUUUAUUUACUUUAUUUAAAAAAAUAUAUAUAUAUAUAUUAAAAAAAAAGUAAUUCCAUGUUUUCAAUGAUUCUUAGAAUUUAAAUAUAAAUAAAAUUCUGGUGACUGUUGUCCUCUUAAGGUCUCUGUUACUAGACUCUUUCAUCUCACCAUCAUAUGGUACUCUUAACCCCUGUGAGGCAGGGCACUUAAUAAAUUUUUAGUCACAAAGGGGAAAAAGAAUUAUCAGGAUAAUGUAAAGGUAGAUUUGGUCUGUUAAAGGGAUCCUAUGUUGCCAGGGAAACAAAGCUGUUUUCCUGGCACUAUAGGAUUAAAAGGUACCCCCUUCAGUCAUGGGGCAGAAGGGGUUAAAACCACCUUGAAUCCAGCGCCCAUAUCCCUUGGCGCUGGGUCAGGCCCCUUCCCCGCCAUCAGUCAGCGGAGGAGGCCUAAUGCGCAUGCAUGCAUUAUUCAAUGCUUUCCCAUGGGGAAAAAAUCUGCUGCUGGAGGCCCUCCUGCAGAGCAUGAGGAAGUCCAGUGUCAGAUAACGGACCAAAGGUCUUUUUCAAUUCUGGAAGUGCCCCCAGUGGCUAUCUGGUAGACAGCCACUAAGGGCAGACUUAGAGUUGCAAUAUAAACAUUGCAGUACUAAGUGCAAUAGAGACACAGCACCCAGACCACUUAGAUGUGCUGAAGUGGUCAGGGUGCCUACAGUGUGCCUUUAACUUUUAUUAUUUUUCUUCAUUAACAUAAAACCAAACUUUGUAUAUGUUAACAUCAUUAUCUUAUUUUUAGGCCGGCUUUGGGUAUGGUUUGCCCAUCUCCAGACUAUAUGCUAAAUACUUCCAAGGAGACUUAGUGCUGCAUUCUAUGGAAGGCUAUGGAACAGAUGCUGUUAUUUACUUAAAGGUACCUUAAUUUUAUUUAAUUUUUUUUAAUAAUAUUUAUUAAAACAUUGCUUGCCAGCAGUCUGAUUUUUGGUUUGUCACUUAAUGUUUCACAUAGUUUUGGAAUUUGUAGAAUGUGAAAACACAUGCCAGAGGCUACACAAAUGGUAGUUCAUACGUGCUCUCCUGAGCAUCGCAUUACUGUACAUUUUCUUUACAGGAGCUCAUCUAUCAGACCUUGAACAUAAACAUGUCUUUCAUUUGACAGGUUGGCUAUUAACACAAUCCACCAGCUUGGGAAAAAAACAUAUAUAUUUUUAAUUCUUCUAUGACUUGCUUUAACACUUUGGGGGUGGUGUCUAAAUAUGAACCCCCUCUCCCAACUGUCCCAAGUUCCCGGCAAGUCCCAUACCUGCCAUUGAAGCUUUGAUUAAAAGUUGUCAUGAAAAAUACGUCUGUAAUUUGAGUGCUGGAAUAAUUUUAAAAGAUGGUCUCUAAACUCCGCCAUCCCAUAUUUUUAGUGCAUUAACAUCAUUUCUAUGUUCAUGACUCUGUUAUUCUAUACUUAAAUAAAAAAAACCUCCUUUUUUUUUUUUUAUUCUUUACACAUUCUGGCAAUCGGUAUAAAGUGGCAGUUUCUAACAUUUUCUCUCCUUUUACCUUGCAGGCGAUGUCUUCAGAAUCUAUAGAAAGAUUGCCAGUUUUCAACAAGUCUGCUUGGAAACACUAUAAGCUCUGCACAGAGGCAGACGACUGGUGCAUUCCAAGCAGCGAACCGAAGAACCUUGCAAGGUAGACUCUGAAGCUGUGGCCAGGAAACUGGAACGGGGAUCAAGCACGAAUUGCCCAGGACCACUCCUUAAGCGUGUUGUGUUUUCGGGAAGAAAUGAGCAAACUGAACUGUGGUAGGGCUGGCCAGAGAUGCAACAAGGAGAGCAAUUUUCACCACCAGAAGAUUCAAACUAUUUAGCUAGUAGCAAUAUAAUUUUGCUAAUCUUCAAUUUUUAACUGUGAAUUCCUCAUUAUCGAAGGAAUUAUUCAAAACGAUGUGUGCUGGUGUUUUCUCAUGAUCACAAUGGCAAUAUAGUUCCUUUGGACAAAAGAUCACUAAAUCUAGAAUUCAUUGAUGUGAUCUUAACAUGUAUUGACCACAUACAGUGUACUUUUAUUUCAGUAUUUUUUUUUAAUUUUUAUUAUAUAGAUUUCUUUACCCAUAAACACAAGGGUAACACCCAUGUCAAACCACUGAGAAAAUGACGCAUUUUGAUGAUAAACAUGUUUACUCCUGAAGCAGCGUUUAUGAUUCUGUAUUCUUAGCUAAUCCAAAGCUAUAUCACACUGCCAAGCCUACAGGGUUAGUAGAGGAUAAAUAUUGUAUUUAAAGGAGAGAAAAAAAAAUUGGAACAUACUGUGAAGUCAAUUCAGUGGAGAUUCUCAAACUGUCAUGUUUUAUCUGUGUACUGUGGCCUCCUGCAUAGGAAUGCACUAUUCAGUUCUGUAAGAUCGGAGCUAUUUAUGCUAGAUAGAAAGGAUGCCUGCAUGGCGGAACAAGUGGGAAUUCAGGAUAUUAAGAAACCCUGACUGAAUUGAAUUCAGUCUGGGUUUGCAUGACAGAGUUGUACUGUAUGUAAGUGAAGCUGAUGAUCUAAGCAUCAUUUCAUUUAUAAUAUCUGUAUAUACAGUAUCUGAUAUUCUUUGUUACAAACCAUGUACCAAGGGAUCUACUCACCAAGAGUGUACUGAAUAUUUUUUUAUUUAUUUUUUUUGUUAAAAGAUGAAGGGGGGGAUGGGGGGGAAUAGACCAAAAGAGCAGAAUAUAAUGGGGUUGUCCAAUUUAGUCCGUCUUACAAUAUUGCUAACCAGUUCUCAACACCCAACACUUUGCUUAUUAGCAAGUGGAUCCGAUGUGAUAUCGACGUUAACAUGUUACAGCUACACUGUGGGUCCAUCUAUAUUCUAACUUUCUUUUGGGCAAGGUAUUAUAUUUGGUUUUAUUUUAUUUUUUUAUUUUUUCUCUGCCAUUGCUUAAAUAUAGUAAUUUUGCCCGGAUAAACUUUUCUGAAAAAAAUGUAAAGUCUGAACUAUACUUGACCAAGCCAUAUGUGCAUUGCUUUGAUAUCACACUGCUGUGAUAUAGUUGUUCAUAACUUCCUGCACAUUGUAAAUGUCCCCUAGAACACCAGUCAUAUAUAGUAACUUGUUCCACCAUGUGGCAGAAUCAAGGCUGUGCCAUAUAAUUUAUUCAGUAGAUUAAAUAAUGGAAGACCUUUUCAUUUACAUGUAAUAUAUUUUUGGCUUUUAAGUCUUUCUCCCCUAAAGUUGCAAUAAUAGUUUUUAUUUAUUUUUUAUUUUUUUGUUCUUUUCAGACAAAAUAUUGUCACUUAUUUAAAAUGUUUGUUUUAUCCCAUCUUUUUAUUGUCAUCUGCCUCCACCUUGCAUUAACAAACAUCAUUUUAUUUUAGACCAUGUUGUGUUGGAAGACAUUUUUGUUUUGUAAUGUUUUCAUAAAAUUUUUUAAAAGUAUGUGGUCUGUUGGAUUUAAUUAUGUAGUAAAGUAUUACUGUCAUUUUAUUAAAAACGAACUCUGACAGAAUGGAUAAAGGAUCAGCAACUGAUAGUCAUGAAUGCACAGUGAGGUAGAUUUGUAGAUCAUAAAUUUUUUUAGGGUUUGAGAAACUUUUUAUUAUUUUUAUUUU